ACCGGAAAUACACUCCCGCUCAGGGGUUUGUUUAGUUUCUGUUAGUGAGGCGCUUUUGGAGCAGCUCGCUGAAGAAAAGCUGUAAAUACGGCUGUCCGUUGGUCGACUUUGUACUCGUUAGGUCUGUAUGCUGAAUCAGAUGCCCUGUUAUAAGGAGUAACCUAUGCAUCCAGCAUUACAUGUUAUCCGGGGAAAGACAUACGCCCAUGUGAUUGAUGGCUGCUUGACUUGCUGAAAUGCACAAAAUUUUGUUCAAUGCCUAAUGUUAUUCCAAGCAAAUCUUCUCCUCCACCUGUGAGUGGAAUUGUAGAAGACCCCCAGACUGUGCUCCCAACUCAUGCUGGACUUCUCAAACAGCAGAACGUAUUGGGUAAUGCAAAUGUGGUGGAGGUGAAGGACAGACCGCUAGAAUUACCCACUAGGAUCCUUAAUAUAUGUGAAGGGAAGACCUCAAGGAAUGACGGACAUGAGAAAAGCAGAGAAGAGGUCAUCAAAGAGAUAGCCAUCAGCAGCACUGAUUUCAUUGGACCAGCAUGUCGACCAGUGACAGCAAUAGAGGAAAAACUGAGUGAGUUCUACAAAGAGCUGGAGGAGAUUAACCACCAAGACAAUGUUCAUGGUGACACAGGAGUUAACGAGGAUGUCUCACAGUCUUGUGAACCACCAUCCAACCCAUCUCCCAGAUUAGAGGCUUGGGGAACUGAUCAUAAGAAUGCCUUUAGUCCUUAUCCAUCGAUUCGACCUCAAAGGAGCUAUGGAAACAAUAGGAAAUGGAGGCCUCACUUACACAGUGAUGUGCCUUGGGAAUUUUCAGACUCAUACAACAACCAAGUUCAGUGGCAGCAUCCCCCAUUUAGGCUUCCAUGUGGACCACCAAGGAUCCAAUUUCAUGGCCCACAGCAUUUUUCUCCUCCAGCACCACCUGGGAAUCCCCUGCAACCUCCAUAUUUCCAGGCUCCCCUAAAUGACUACAGGAAUGCUGAGAGAAGCAACUGGUCCUCUUGCCAAGAACACCAUUUCCCACUAGGUUAUGACAUGGGACUUUCUUCAUCUUACUGCUCUGGGUCAUUUGAAGGGCACAAAAGAAUCUCAAAUGAUUGGCAGCAUUAUGAGGAGCAGAAUUAUCAUGAGCAAGACCAGCACCAGCCUAAAAACAGGACACCUUUGGUUUUGAUACUGAUGAGGGGAGUUCCAGGCUCUGGGAAAUCAACUCUGGCAAAGGAAAUAUUGUCCUGUGGUCCAAAUGGACUAAUAUUGAGCACAGAUGACUACUUCUUUCAAGAGGAUGGCUAUUUCUUUGACCCCGCUCUGCUUGGGGAUGCACAUGACUGGAAUCAGAAGAGAGCUGGAGACGCUAUGUUGAGGGGUCGCUCACCUGUUAUUAUUGACAACACAAAUAUUCAGGCUUGGGAAAUGAAGCCCUAUGUCACAUUGGCUUUGGAGUGUGGAUAUAGAGUGGAGUUUGUUGAGCCUGACACUAGUUGGAAAUGUGAUCCUGCUGAGUUAGAAAAGAGGAAUAAGCAUGGGGUCCCCCAGGAGAGUAUAGUGAAAAUGCUGGAUCGAUUUGAGCUCCCCAUCAGCGUGGACAUUGUGAUGAAUUCCUUUGAGCCUCCCCAUAAAAGCAAAAAACAUCGUUCCAAACCACACAGACAGAGAAGAUUUAAAAACAUGUAAUUUUUUUAUUAUUUGAAGACUUAACUAUUUUUUUACUUGCUGAUGGUUUGUAAACACUUUUGAACAUUUUUAAUGCUUUGUAAUAAUAUUUAUAAUUACAUUUUGAACUAUUCAGUAUGUGGUCAUGUGAGUGUUUUUAAACUUCUAUUGGUACUUUUUUUUUUUUUUUUUUUUUUUUUAAGAAUUUAAUAUGAACUGUGUUCAGUUGAUCUUUACUUUUGGUGUUUGCGUCCAUAAAGCAUUGAGCCUGUGCCCUCCUGUCAUUGCUGUCUAAGUCUUUGACAAAACAAAUACACUGUCGUUAAAGCAAAUAAUGACGUGAGCUGAUCUGAAGAAAGUAUUGAUAUUUGUAAAAUGGGAAUCAAACCAUGAAAAAAGUGUAGGAAAACCCCUGGUUCUCAUUUUUACUGGCAGAAAUAGAAGUGUUUUGAUUCACUUUUUGUAGAAAAGACAAAUUGUUGCUAUUGAAGACUUAAGAUGUUCAAAUUUCACCAUUUUUCAAAUGGUUCAAAUCCACCUUUUUCUGUUAUAAUGAUUCACUUUGGACUGACCUUGUAGCUGACUUUUUAUUUCACUCUGAUUAUUAUUUUCACUCUGGAGAGCUGAGAGUGUUUCAAGUACUCUGAUUUGGAAGAGAAAGCAAUGGACCCCAGGUGAAAUUUCAGCUGAAUCUGUCUGUCAGAUUAAAGCCUUUCGCAAAUGCUUGAUGGCUGGUACAUUCAGCUCCAUGUCCUUAUGCUGAAUACGUGUCCCUGUUAAAGUCAUUUGGAGGGUCUUGAGAAGAUAAAAUGUCAGACUGUUUUGAGAAGUAAAACAUUGGAACUAAGAUUGGUUUUGUAUUGAUUUCUUGUUUGCCUGCCUGCAGUCUGUACAAUUGCAUAAUGCAUCUGACUCAUAAAGUUUUGUUUUUAUGGAGGCAGCUAAAUCAUCCAGAGGAGAUUACUUGAAUUUAUGUUGAAUGUGAGAGACUUCUGUUUGAUCUAACUGUAUUCUUACCCCAUUCCUGAAAAUCAAAUGAAUUUAUAUUUAUGUAUACACUGCUCAAAAAAAUAAAGGGAAACAACACAAUAUAA